AGACAAUAAUUAGCCUCGGUUUUUAAUAUCUUAUCCCCGAAGACUUUGGCUUUAAGUUCCGGAGUUACACCCCCCAAGAUGUUCUUGAGAAUGUAUCCAAAAUUAAAUUAAAUUGAGUUACCUAUACGAGAUAAGAUGUCUGCGAUCUUCAAGAAGGCUAACACAGCCGUUAUUACGGGCGGCGCGUCGGGAAUCGGCCUUGCGCUAGCACAAAAGUGUGUCGGUUAUGGCAUGAGAGUCCUUGUUGCGGAUUGGGACGCCGAGACUCUGGGUAAAGCUGGCGAGACACUCGGAAGCGCUGUGAGUACUGUCCGUAUGGACGUGAGUAAACUGGAGGACUGGAGCGGGCUUAAGGAUAGGGUUAAGAAGGAGUUUGGAGGCCAAAUUAACCUCCUGGCACUUAAUGCCGGGGUCGGUGGCAAAACGGCCUUUGAGGGCGAGGGAGCGGACCCGGCGGCGUUCCAGAGGAUUCUCAAUGUUAAUUUCUUCGGCGUUGUUAACGGUACCUUGGCUCUGCUACCGCUUGUCAAGGAGAAAGCCAUCGCCUCCUCUGACUACAAGGCUGCAAUUGUUAUCACAGGCUCUAAGCAGGGCAUCACAAACCCACCUGGAAACCCGGCGUACAACGCGAGCAAAGCUGCCGUCAAGUCCCUAGCCGAGCAACUGAGCUUCGACUUGCGGGCACAAUCUAACAUAAGUACGCACCUGCUAGUCCCCGGAUGGACUUGGACGGCACUAGCAGGCGCGGCGCCUGGACGAGAGAAACCGGAUGCCCCCUGGACGCCAGCACAGGUGGCGGAUUACUUGGAGAAGAAGAUGGGAGAGGGCAAGUUCUGGGUUCUAUGUCCGGAUAACGAUGUCGAUGAGGAGACGGACAGGCGACGGAUGUUGUGGACGGCGGAUGAUGCGGUGAAUGGACGGCCGCCGCUGAGCCGUUGGCGGGAUGAGUAUAAGGAUGAGUUUGCCGAGUGGAUGGCGAAGAAAUGAAGGGCUAGUUUGGUUGAGGGUUUGAAUUACCUAUAGGGGUAAGUAUCGUAUAUUAUGGACGAUGCUACUAUACUGGAAUCCGUAGUUCAGCAUAACUCCAUUUUAUUAAAAGAGUGGCUGCUAGGGGGGAUUAUGUCCCUAUAGUGAAGGAUAUCAUAUCAUCGAAUUUGAUUAU